GAGACACUGCUGCUACUUCCUGAAAGCGCUCAGCCACGCCUGCAGAGAGGAGCGCGAGGCUGUGGGCCCGGGUGAGUCGGGUCACUUUCCACUCUGGGAGCGAACGUCUCCACAGCCCCAUCUCUGCCGUGUGACGGGCACCGCCGCCUGGCCCUGAGCCCAGAGCCUGCAACAUGCCAGGAAACACCACGCUGGAGACCAGCCCUGCACUGGGGACCCUGUCGAUGGGCGCGUCUCCCCACACAUGCAACGUGCCCUUCAACAACAGCAGGGUGUUCCUGGUGACCGUGUACAGCAGUGUGUGCGUGCUGGGCCUGCCGGCCAACUGCCUGACCGCAUGGCUCACGCUGCUGCAGGCGCGCCAGGGCCACGUGCUGGCCGUCUACCUCUUCUGCCUGGCGCUCUGCGAGCUGCUCUACAUCAGCACCCUGCCGCUCUGGGUCAUCUACAUCCAGCACGGGCACCGCUGGCCGCUCAGCCCCUGGGCCUGCAAGGCGGCCGCCUACGUCUUCUUCUGCAACCUCUACGUCAGCAUCCUCUUCCUCUGCUGCGUCUCCUGCGACCGCUUCCUGGCAGUGGUGUACGCGCUGGAGAUGCGCGGCCGCCGCCACCAGAGGACCGCCAUCCUCGUCUCCGCGGCGGUCUUCCUCAUCGUCGGGCUCGUCCACUCCCCGGUGUUCAAGAUGGAGCACAGCGACACCUGCUUCGAGACGCUGCCGAUGGACCGCAGGGUGGCCGGGUACUACUACGCACGCUUCACGGCGGGCUUUGCCAUCCCGCUGUCCAUCAUCGCCAUCACCAACCAGCGCAUCUUCAGGACCGUCCAGCUGAGCACCAGCCUGAGCGCCGCCCAGAAGGCCAAGGUGAGGCUCCUGGCCAUCGCGGUCGUGGCCAUCUUCCUGGUCUGCUUCGCCCCCUAUCACCUGGUGCUCCUGAUCAAAGCCGCCGCCUUUUCCUACUACAAAGGGGCCGAAGACCCCGUGUGCGCCUUUGAAAUCCGCCUGUACACGGCCUCCGUGGUGUUCCUGAGCCUGGCCACUGUGAACAGCGUGGCUGACCCCAUCAUCUACGUGCUGGCUGCAGAACUGACACGCCAGGACGUGUGCAGGAUCCACAAGGGGUGGAAAAAGUGGUCCGCGAAGAUGGACAACACCAAGCUCACGUGCUCGAAGGACUCAGAGGAGGCGCGCUCGCCCAUGUCCCUCACAAACAGCUACGCCUUCCCGGAGCUCGUCCACCCCCCAGGGCCAUCGCCAGGCGCCCCAGAGGGGCUGGCCGAAGGGGCCUGCUGAGCCCAGCGCAGGAGUCCAGGGCUGGCCACCCGGUGCUGCUUGGGUCCCGCUAGCCAGUGUCCACGGUGCCAGCUAGGGAGCCCCCUCUUAAUGACUCACCCCCGAUUUCUGGUCCCUGGAGUCUCUGCCGCCGGGGGUCCCGGCUGAGCAGAAGCCCCAGGGAAGGUGGCAGCGUGUGCAGAGCAAGGGCGAGCCUGCUGGCCGCGGGAAAAGCACACGGCAAGCGGGAGCGCUCGCUCUGGCAGGCGCUGUCUGCCGUGAGCGCAUAGCAGGGCAGCUGGCACAGGCCGUGUGCCCGCCUGGUGCUCUGGCAGCUGGCACAGGCCAUGUGUGGGAGCUGCCUGUCAGCCUCCGCGUGAUGACUUUAUUUCCUGAGCUUUUCUGCAAGCGUCGCUUGGAUGCAAGUACAUGGCUGGGCAUCUCUGCUUCUGCCCUGGGUCGUCCAUGCAAACUGUACCCCUGGUGUCAGGCCCUUGGCCGGGACAGCUCGGCACUGUGGCCCUGAGGGGAGCCUCAGGGUUGGGGGGAACCGCAAGGUGGGGUGCAGUCCACGUGGCCACCAGAGGGAGCCCCGUGUGUGCAUGGCAGGCACGCCUGUGGGCUGGGAGGUCCAAGGGGCACCCCAGGCAGGGGACACGCCCAAGGGCUCCAAGGACCCAGCACGUUGUCAGCACGAAGGCUUCCUGGCUCCCCUGUUGGGGCGGAGCUGCUGAGGGCCAGGCCAGGCACAGUGCUGCCUCUGUGUCCUCGUUGGUAGCAGGGCUGGUGACCCCAGCCUCAUUGGGUCAGCGGCGGGGGCUGACUGCACGCAGCUCCGAGGUGGUGUCAGGGUCAAAUUCCGCUCCCGCUUCUCUAAGGCCGCGUCGUGGAUGAGCUUUACUGUGAAAGACCCUAAGACAUGUGAUUUCGCGUCUGGGAAUAAAAACACAAGAGUACACGUCAGUGCCAACUU